AAGGAAAGCUGCACCUUCUGUGUCAGCCAAAAUCGCUUGGGCGCAACGUGUUUUGCAAAUAAGUGAAACUCAGGUUCUGCACCAGUCUCCGCCCAGCCAGGGUUGCGGUGGUACUUUCUGAUGACCGGCUUGAACUGUUAUAAGAGCCCUGGCAGCAGCGGCUGGAGUAGCAGCACCAGUGGCUCCGGCUGCAUUUGCAUUUUUGCAGAGUUUCGACAUCAUUCCUGGAAGUGACCGCAACAACGUCCUAAUUCCCCUCAAAAGAGUUAUCAAUCGACGAACUGCAAGUUGAUUCCUUUCCCAGUUCCUGCCUAAGUUUUGCAAGAGAACUUGCCUCGUGCCAUGGAAGCUGCCAAGAUGAUCUUACUUCUGGUCCCGUUCUGCUUCCUGAAGGUAGCAGAUACCACAGCCAUAAACCCCUGCUGUUACUACCCAUGCCAGAAUAAAGGAGUGUGUGUCAACGUUGGGAAGGAUGGUUACGAAUGUGACUGCACACGCACUGGUUACUAUGGUGUUAACUGCAGUAUACCUUCUUUUUGGUCAAGUGUUCAUAAAUUUCUGAAGCCAAGCCCCAGUUUUGUACAUCACAUCCUGACACAUUAUCAAUGGUUUUGGGAUAUUCUGGCUGGCAUUUCAUUCAUCAACGAUUCACUCAUGCGAUAUGUUUUAACAGCACGGUCAAAUUUGAUCCCUAGUCCUCCGACCUACAACUCUGACUAUAAUUACCUUUCUUGGGAGGGAUAUGCCAACGUAAGUUACUUUACUCGAUUACUUCCACCUGUACCAAAGGACUGUCCAACCCCCACUGGAACACAAGGGUACACGGAAUUACCUGAUGUAAAACAGUUAGCUGAGAAGUUUCUAUUGAGGAGAAAGUUCAUUCCAGAUCCUCAGGGCACAAAUUUGAUGUUUGCUUUCUUUGCCCAGCAUUUUACUCACCAGUUCUUGAGGACAGAUUUCGAUAGGGGUCCAGGGUUUACAAAAGCUCUUGGCCAUGGGGUGGAUUUGAGCCAUGUUUAUGGGGGCUCCCUGGAACGACAACAUCACCUGAGGCUUUUCAAGGAUGGGAAACUCAAAUAUCAGGUGGUGAAUGGAGAUGUCUUUCUUCCCUCCGUAACGGAUGUACCCAUCAAAAUGAAAUAUCCACACACUUUACCAGAGGAAAAGCGCCUUGCCAUUGGCCAUGAUUUAUUUGGCUUAAUACCUGGACUGAUGAUGUAUGCUACCCUCUGGCUUCGAGAACAUAACCGAGUCUGUGAUAUCCUGAAAGGAGAGCAUCCAACCUGGAGUGACGAACAACUUUUCCAAACUGCCAGGCUCAUUCUCAUAGGGGAAACAAUCAAAAUAGUUAUCGAGGACUAUGUGCAGCACCUGAGCGGCUAUAAUUUCAAGAUGACUUUCAACCCUGAACUUUUAUUCCAUGAGCACUUUCAAUACAGAAACCGGAUUGCAGUGGAGUUUGACCAUCUCUACCACUGGCAUCCGCUAAUGCCCAACAGCUUCAUUAUAAAAGGCCAAGAGUUUCCUUAUGAAGAGUUCCUUUUCAACACAGAAAUCCUCUUGAAUGUUGGGCUGGAAGCUUUAGUAGAAUCAUUUUCAAAACAGAGAGCAGGACGGAUCGGUGGAGGGAAAAAUAUCCACGAAAAUAUACUGCCUGUGUCUAUUGGUGUCAUUGAACAUGGGAGACAGUUAAGACUUCAGCCAUUUAAUCAGUACCGGAAAUGGUUUGGUCUGACCCCAUAUAAAUCCUUCCAGGAGUUAACAGGUGAAACAGAAGUAGCAGCUCAACUGGAGAAAUUGUACGGACACAUUGACGCAAUGGAAUUUUUCCCUGCACUAUUGCUGGAAGCGCCAUAUGAAAAUGCCAUUUUUGGGGAAAGUAUGGUGGAAAUGGGUGCUCCCUUUUCCCUCAAAGGACUCAUGGGAAACCCAAUCUGUUCUCCAGAUUAUUGGAAGCCAAGCACAUUUGGAGGGAAAACGGGCUUUGAUAUAGUCAAAACAGCGACGCUUGAAAAGCUGGUUUGCCUCAAUGUUAAAAAGUGUCCAUAUGUGGCUUUCCAUGUGCCACAUGAUGUAGAUAAUGAGAGUGAGAGGAGGGAGAGGGAACCAUCUACUGAGCUGUAAUCUUCCAGGAAAAUGAUUAGGCCACAGCAGUGGAGGUAUUGGGUACAUUAAAAAGUGCUGUAUGGAGUUAUGCUCCUAAUAAUUCUGAACUAUUACAUUGAGUUAGCUUUAAGGGGCAUAUUGACCAAGUGACAAUAGUAAAUAAUCCUUUGUACUGAAUUCUGCAUUAGGUCUUAACAAGUAAACAUUACCCAACAGCAGGAAGCAUAAUAUAUAAGGUUUGAUACAAAUAGGCAUAAAACAUUUCACCCGGAUAAGAAAGCUUUUUUAUCCUCCAGAGAGUUUAUUUCGUACGAAACCGUGCCUCAUUUUUUGAUGCAUUAAUUGGAGUAGAAAUUCAUGUGUGUUACAGCAGGCUGAUCUCUGUUAAUUCUACACAAGUUGGUUCCACUGCCAAAUUUAUGAGUGCAAUUAUUUUAGGCAUGCUGGGUGAGCGCCUAAAACAGACAUUAGGCCCCUUAAAUAAGCGAAUUAGUGACAUAAUGGCUGUUAUGGAUCCCUUUGAGAAAAUCAUGCCCAUUGAGUGGGUCAGGCAUUGGGCCUGUUCCAUCUCAGGAUUCUCCAGAGAACCCCACAAUCACCAUUCAAAUAUAGACAUUUUAAGUUUUGUUUUUUUUAAAAAAAACACCUCCCUGUGGGCCAGGAAGCAGCAGGA